AUGAUGGUGGGCCUUAUCUCUUGUGAAACUCUGAUUCUGUUGCCUCUCUUGAUAAGCCCUUCCCUGGCAGAAAGUCUUGGUGGAGAAAAGGAGGCAUUUGAGCUUUCUCCUUUUAUCCCGAGCAGUGCUUCCUACAGACAGGACGUUUGUGGUCGCUUCAAUCAAUUUCGAUCCGGUGAAAUUGAAUUAAAGAAUGCUCUUUCGGGGUUGGCCUUACGGCCGAUCAUAAACCCAUACCAUGGUUUCUUCCACUACUCCCGAGAGACGGGGAUCAAUUCCACUUAUGCUGGGCUCAUUGGUGACCUCAUGGAUGUCCUUGCUUCCCGAGCAAACUUCACUUGGCGAGACUCUUUUGCCGUCAUAAGGCUUCCCCACGAUGACCUGUCCUCGAUAUCUUGGACAGAUUAUCUGGUAUGGUCUGUGGAGCAUUUUGAUAUCUCUCUUGCAAAGUGGGACCAUACGGUCACCAGGAUGGGAAAGGGGGUGGCCUUUGUUGAGCCCUGGCAUGACGGGAGUUUGAUACUCAUUGACCGGCGUCCCAUGCCACGUGAAGUCAACUCAAUUGUAUUAACCAACUGGCUCCUGCCCUUUGACUCUUUGGUUUGGGUUCUCAUCAUUACAACCGUCUUUGCUUCUGCGCUUGUAUAUCAGCUGCUGGAGUACAUGAAUGAUGAACGGGAGGAACGAACCAUGUUUCAGUGGUUUUCCGACAACUUGUACCUGUCAUCCUUAAACUUUUCACAAAACUUUGAGUAUGCACCGAACAGUCUUGCUGGGAGAAUAUUCGGUGUCAGCAUGAGCAUAUGGGCACUCGUGAUCACGGCAACCUACACAGCAAACCUGGCAUCUCUCUUGGUGCAACAAAACACACAGGUGCACGUGGUGGACUCUAUUGAGAAAGCGAUUGUGGCCAAGUGGCCAGUCUGCACUUUUGCAGGCUCCAAUGCUGACCAAGUCAUACAGAGGAGAUAUGAACAGGCCAUCCGAAUUCCCAUGGCAACUGAACUCCAGAUGUUCCAAGCUUUGAGAAAAGGUGAAUGUGGUCUUGCAGUAGUCUCGAAAGACAACUGGCUAACAUAUGCCAGCAAUCAACUCUACAACCCUGAAUGUGCACUGGAGUGGGUUGGGAGAGAAAUCAUGACAAUCCAAUCGGGAUUUGCUGUCAAAGCUGACUCGGGCAACCUCUGCUCUAGCUUGAUUCGAGAUGUCUUCAAUUUCCAUCUUGCAGAAAUCUCUGAUGAAGGCAUACUGGAUGAGCUGUGGAGAAAACACAGGGCAGUCAUAGAGACUGUGAACUGCCAUGACCAACUAUCCCCUGAUGACGGCUUGAGUGAACGGCGUGUUCUCUUGUCGGCCCCAUCAUUUGCAAACAAUCCAAAACGGUCUAAAGCACGUUUCCUAAAGGGAGGGGGGUCCGCAACCACGGCUUCAGCGUCGGACUCAACAGGGACAACCAAUGAUAAGGCCAACUCGUCGCUAACGGUUGAAAGCUUGCUUGGCACAUUUGUCCUGCAUUGGUCAACCAUGGCGGUCGCCAUCCUGGUCAGUGCCUUGUCUCUUCUUGUAGAGAAAUCGAGAAAGACUAAACCACAAGCAGUGGACUACACGUUAGAGAGAGUAACGUACAGAGGAAACGGCCCUAUCAUUGGUAUGCCGCCGAGGAUGAAUACAUUUGUCAUGCGCAAGACGGAUAAUGUCAAGAAGAGCUCUGGAAGCGGCAAAGAAGAGCAGCAUCCUGCUGUGAAUAACCAGGCCACGACUUUGGGACGGAAUUUGCAUGGAUCAUCAUCCUCUGGGGAAGGACAUGACAACCAUCUGGGUGAGCUGCAAUGGCGCAGGGAUAUGGAGUGCAAGCUGGAUCGAUUGUUGACACUGGAGAGCAAACUGGAAAGACUACUGACACUUGCGGAAGGACGGAGCAAGCUGCACGAUGUUGUCAACGAUGAACUUGACGACGAAUGGGUCGACGAACAAGCUGUCACGUGGACGUGA